AACACCCUGAUGGCCUGGUUGUCGCUGCACUUGUAACUCGUGAUCUUGUGCAUGACUCUUCCACUACCAAGGUGUGAAGGGCGAUCGAUCCAUGGCGUCCGAUGUGCCCUAUAAUUUGAUGGGCGCAUCCGGAGGUCUGAUAGUGGCCUUCGCAUUUGUGCCUCAACUUGCACGGGUGAUCAGGAGGAAACAAUCGGCUGAUAUCAGCUACGCACAUCUGAUGGUUUUCGUGGGGGGAUUGGUAAUGUUUCUCGCCUACUACGGGUACUACGAGCUCUGGGAGGUGUUCUUCCCGGCCCUCUUGUCGAUGUCGUUCGCGAUCUUGCUGCUCGCCUUGAAGAUCCGGCUGGAAGAGUUUCCUCUCCGACCUAGGGCGGCGGUGCCAGGGGCAUCGGUGGUUGUUGGAGACACGUCCGGCGAUGGAGAAAGGAUGGCCAACACCUCAAGCGAUGCACAGCCCCUCAUGAGCUCGUGGUAGCCUGUGAUCCCGGCCCUUAUCACGUCGAGUCUUCUCGAGCUGUGGAUAAAGUGGUGUUCUCGAGCUGUCGAUAAAUAGUGCAGCAGUCUUAAGUUCUGAGUGAAGUUUGUGG